GCAACCCAGAUCAGAUAAGCUGAGCUAGUCAAAGGGCCUCAGCAGUAAGCUACCUCUCUACCUUUUCGUCUUCGUUCACAAAGGCAGCAAGAAAAUCGAAUUUAGGCACAAAUAUUAUACUUCAAUAUAAUGUCGGUGAGUGACAACGACUCUGUUGACUUGACCAGAUCUGGCUCCCCAGUUCAUCACAGAAAAAGACAUAUGGAGUCAUCAAAGUCCCCCAGAAGCUCCAAACACCACCAUUCACGGUCAAGGUCACGCUCCAGGGACCGAAAACGUGACAGAAAGUACAGACGCAGUCGCAGCAGGAGCAAAGAGGCACGAAAGAGGGACUCUGAGAAGCCAUCAAAAUCACACAGAAAAACAGAUGAGCCGCAAGACCAAGAGAGACUUUCGGCAGAGAACGGAGAGGAACGUUCCAGGCGCAAGGACAGGAAGUCUUCAAAGGGCCGGAGCCUGUCCAGGUCACACUCCAGAGAGAGACGGCAUCACAGCAGAAGUAGGGACAAGCGGCGAUCAAGAUCACGCAGCCGAGACAAGAAGAAGAAGGCCAGGUCUCGCUCGGGUUCAAGGACCAAACAUCGUCACCAUAGCAGAAGUCGCAGUAAGAGCAGGGAGCAUAAGAAAAGGACUGAAAAGGUGCGCAGGAAGAGCCGAAGCAGGACUCCUAGUCCACCCGCCUUCCGAGGCCGAAACACAGCCAUGGAUGCUCAAGAGGCCCUAGCAAGAAGGCUGGAGAGAGCAAAGAAACUGCAGGAGCAGAAGGAGAAGGAAAUGUUUGAGAAACAGCAGCAGCAACAACAGGAGAUCGCUGCAGCAGCAGCUGCUGCAGCAGCUGUCUCAAACCCCGCCCUCAACGUCGCGGCUCUCCUGGCCUCUGGGACGCAGGUCACACCUCAGAUCGCCAUGGCAGCACAGAUGGCAGCCCUACAAGCAAAGACGCUGGCAGAGACUGGUAUUGCUGUUCCCAGCUACUAUAACCCAUCCGCUGUAAACCCCAUGAAGUUUGCAGAGCAGGAGAAGAAGAGGAAAAUGCUAUGGCAGGGAAAGAAGGAUGGGGAGAAGUCCCAAACAGCCGAGUUGUGGGAGAAGCUUAACUUUGGAAACAAGGACCAAAAUGUUAAAUUUCGCAAACUGAUGGGUAUUAAAGGUGAUGAUGAUGUGGAAGCUGCCAAACCACUGAACGAUGAUGGGAUGAAGACACUUCAGAAGCAGGAGGAGAUGUUUAGGAACCUCGAUGUUCAGUAUGAGAUGGCUCGCUCUCAGACGCACACUCAGAGAGGAAUGGGCCUCGGCUUUUCCUCCUCGUUCUCACGUGGGAUGGAUUCCAUGUAGUGCCAAACUUGGCUGUUGUCGCCACUCUCCUGAUCAUUCAGGACUCCCAAUUCAUUGCUAGCCCUCAAGCUUGCAUGGAUGUUGCUCUGAACAUGUAAUUUAUUUAAAGGCAAAGGUCUCACAUAUUGGAACAUUGUAAAUAUCCAGUUGCUGAGUUUGUCUCAGUGUUUAUUAAUCUGUACAUCUCUGGAAGAGGAGGCAUCAUUUUGAUGGGCUGAUGCUGGAUAAAAGUACAUAUGUUUUGAAUAAUGUAACUUUUUAAAAAAAAACAACUCAUAUUGAUGUGAUUGUUUGAACAUAAACUGAAUAUGUGGUUCAAGUGGACACUGUUUACAUCAAUUUAGCAAAAGGUCUGAGGUCAAAGUAGCAUAAUCAGAAUCCUUUAGUUUGUCUUCUCCUGACUGGCAGAAACGACUUAUAUAAAACACAGUGUGAAUUUUCUGUAUUAGAGGCUGGGUUGUAAUACACGUGGUCUUCUGAAAGGUCCUGCAGAGAGAUGAGCCGGGAAGAGUAAAUGUGUUUCAAAUGUUCUUUAAAUAAUCUAGUUUUGUGUCUUAAAAAGUUUUUAUAACACAUCACAGCAAUUCAUUUUAUGUGAUAUGGGUGGGUCAUAACAUGCUUCAGAUUAAGGGGAUGCUGGGAAAGUAACAGUACUUACAAUAACCAGUGUUUUCUAUUUAUUACUGUCUUAAUCCACCCUGAUUUGUUUAUAUUUUGCUUCCAAGGAGCCACUUAGAGCUCUUGAGGAUUUCUCAACGUCUUUUAAAGAUUUCUUUGGACACUG